GGGGGCGGAGCUGCGCGGGCGCCCCGCCCCUCCCGGCGCUCGCGCGGGCGCCAUGGCGGGCGCGGCCGUGCUGCGCGUGCGGCGGAAGCGCGGCGGCCCCGAGCCGGCCGAGGCGCUGCUCCUCGCCUGCAAGCGGCGCCGGGCCGAGCCCGUGGAGACAAACCUCUUCAAGCUGGUGGCCACCGUGUCCUCCAAGAACGUACCAGUUCAGAAGUAUGUUAAAGAUGCCAUCACACGAGACAAGGCAGCUCAGAGCCUGCGCCCCUCUUCGGGAAGCGCCCAGCGAGUCCUUCAGGGGCUGCGUUCGGCCAAGCAGGCGGCGCGGAAGGAGAGCCGGUACCGGGUGAUUUCCAGCCACCGGCCCCGCUGCGCUGCCGCUGCCGCACCGGCACUGCCCCGCGGGGACAGCCCUGGGGCUGAGGCACGGCAGGAUGCUUCACCAGAGGAGAGCAGUGCUGGCGAUACGAGUUCCGACUGCUGCGGGAAAUUCCAGCUCUUUGAUAUCGUACAAGAAGAGGAGGCGGUGGGAGACUCCGGUGUAACCACUGCAAACCCGCAGAAGACUGAUCCAGAUGCAAUUCUCUGCAAUGCAGUAGAGAUGAUCCGUGAGCGUUUAAAUGUUUCUGAAGACGGUAAAAAAGAACACGGUGACAAAGAAGAUGAAUAUGUUUAUGACAUCUACUAUAAGGAAACAUCAGCCCCCGAUUGGAUUGAAAAUAUCCUUUCUGUGCAGCCCUAUAGAGAAGAAUAUGAAUGGGUAAAUGAUGAUCCUGGUCCAGAGGAAGCAUAUGAUGAUGAAGAUGAUGAAAAUGAUGAAAAUAACUGGCGUAAUGAUUAUCCUGAAGAAGAUGAAUUCCUACCUGAGGAAGAUAGAGAAAAAGACUCUGAAGAGAGCUUCAGUGACGAGGACCAAUGUUACAGGAGAAGAACAUGGGACAAAUAUCGACAGGAGGUUUUGCAGGAAUUCGGAUACGAUGAGAUUGAAGAUUUGGGUUCUGACUAACAGCCUGGAUUUGGAGAUGAAAUGCAUACUGAAGGUGAACAUCUGCUGCUGCAGGAGAAUGCACUGUCUGAGCAGCCAGUGUCAGCUCGUGGAUAUUAAACAGAUGGGUGUGACUAUGGCCACUUGACAACAAAUUUUUUUCCAAGCACAAGAUGCUCUCUGCUAUAAAAUAGGAUUUUCUGCUC